AGACAGCAGCAAUGGGAGGCCGUACAGGGACCCAUGACACACUGUGGACCUGGCAGCAGCGUGAGGAGGCGGUACAGGGGCCCAUGGCAGAUUAGGGGCCUGGCCGCAGCAAUGUGAGGCCCGUAAUCUGCCAGCAUCCUAUGACAAAAUGGAACCCAGCAGCAGUGGAACCUGAAAGCAGGCAGUGUGAGGAGACACAGAAAGUGGCACAUGGCAUGACACACUGUGGACCUGGCAGCAGCAUGAGGAGGCGGCAAUGGGAGGCGUACAGGGACCCAUGACACACUGUGGACCUGGCAGCAGCAUGA